AUGGAGUUUGAGGAGGAAUCCUGCAGAGUAAAAGAUGAAGAUACAGAGGAACAAAUUGACCUGAUGGAAGACAAACAGAAUGAAAAUGAAGUCAAUUCAAAUAGUGAAAAGAAUUUCACACAAAAACGAGCUGGAAAAACUGGAGUCAAAGGAUCUUUCACCUGCUCUGAGUGUGGAAAGAGUUUCAGGAAUAAAUCAAACCUUAAGAGACACACGAGAGAACACACUGGAGAAAGACCGUUCUCCUGCAUUCAAUGUGGAAAGAGUUUCACUCAGAAAAGUUUCAUAUAUAAAGGAAGCUUAAAUGAUCACAUGAGAAUUCACACUGGAGAAAAACCGUUCACAUGCACUCAAUGUGGAAAGAGUUUCGUACAUAAAGGAAACUUUAGUGUGCAUAUGAGAAUUCACACUGGAGAAAAACCGUUCACAUGCACUCAGUGUGGAAAGAGUUUCACCCAGAAAAGAGUGCUCAAAGAUCAUCUGCUCUCUCACUCUGGAGUGAAGUCGUUCAGCUGUGAUCAGUGUGAUAAAACAUUUCUUUUGGCAUCAAACUUAAGAGCACACCUUAAAGUUCAUGCAGAUGUGAAGCCUCACAUCUGUUCUUUUUGUGGAAAGGGUUUUUCACUACUUAAUGCUUUUAAAGUGCAUGAGAGUAUUCAUACUGGUGUGAGACCUCAUCUGUGCUCUGACUGUGGGAAGACCUUUAUUUCAUCCGGCACCUUAAAGAGACAUCAAAGAGUUCAUACUGGAGAGAAACCGUACAAGUGCUCACACUGUGAAAAGAGUUUUGUUCGGUCAGAACACUGGAAAGCUCAUGAGAGAGUUCAUACUGGAGAGAAGCCACACCAGUGCUCUUCGUGUGGGAAGAGUUUCAUCCAAAUGUCUCAUCUACAGGUUCAUAAGAAAAAGCAUUGCCCAAAGGUGCCUAAGUGA